CCACUUUGCAUUUGCACUCAACUACUUUGCUGCCUCCUCUGCAGCUGCCAGACCUGCUUCUGCUGCUGCUAAGGGAGAGCAUCUGGGGAGUACCUUGCUGACCACUGAGAAUAUGAUGAGCUCAAGCUAUUGGAAUGAAAGAAGCAGCAGCUGUGGGACUCAGCAGUCCCCAGAGGGGCAGCAGUGCCAGCCCCAGCAUUACCACUGGUACCAUCAGUCAAGCCAAGCCCAGCAGCCUCCAGAAAAAAAUGUAGUGUAUGAGCGUGUGAGGACCUACAGUGGGCCCAUGAACAAGGUGGUUCAGUCCUUGGACCCCAUCAGCUCACAGGAAGUGCUCUCCCCUCUCAAAACUGCCUCCUCCUACCAAAACUUGGUUUGGAGCAACCAUUCCCAGGAACUCCAUUCUCCAACUCUGAAAAUAUCUGCUUGUGCCCCAAGCACUCUACAUUUAGCCCCAACUACUGAACAGGAACUCCAUUCUCCAACAGUGAAAGUCACUGCAUAUCCACAGACCACUAUUAGGAGAUAUAUAGUGCAAAAUCCUGAACAGGAAUCACUGUCGCCAUUCCUAAGAGGAGGCCAUUUCUUUCCAGGAAACAAUGUAAUUUAUGAAAAAACCAUAAGAAAAGUGGAGAAGCUAAAUACGGAUCAGGAAUGCUAUCCUCAGGUUCAAUGCCAUCAUCACUUUGUCCAACAGCCUCAGAUCAUCUACUCUCCACACUGUCAACAAUCUCAUUCUAGCCAGCAAAUACAAACAAUCACAGGAAGUGAUUUAAUUUCUACAAACACUGGAAAUGAACUGUGCCAUGGUGGAGCAAAUCAUACACAUGAGCAGGUGAUAAUGCAGGAUGAUGGCCCUGAAAAAUUGGACCCCAAGUAUUUUGGAGAGUUGCUUGCUGAUCUAAGCCGUAAAAAUACGGAUCUAUAUCACUGCCUGUUAGAACAUUUGCAGAGAAUUGGAGGAAGCAAACAGGACUUUGAGUCUACAAAUGAGUCGGAAGACAUUGAAUUGUUGAUUCCAAAAGGAUUGUCAGAAUUUACAAAACAGCAAAUUCGCUAUAUUCUGCAGAUGAGGGGUAUGUCUGAUAAAUCACUCCGGCUAGUGUUGUCCACAUUCAGCAACAUACGUGAGGAGCUUGGACAUCUUCAGAACGACUUGACAUCACUGGAAAAUGACAAGAUAAGACUUGAGAAAGACUUGGCAUUCAAAGAAACUCAAAUAAAAGAGUAUGAAGAACUCUUGGCAUCAGUGAGAGCAAAUAAUCGCCAGCAGCAUCAAGGACUUCAAGACUCAACCUUAAAAUGCCAAGCAUUGGAAGAAAACAAUCUCUCUCUUCAGCAUACCCUAUCAGACAUAGAAUACAGACUAAAAGAACUGGAAUAUUGUAAGCGUAAUUUAGAGCAAGAGAAUAAAAAUCUUAAAAUUCAGGUUUCUGAGACUUGCACAAGUCCGAUGCUGCAGGCUAAAAUGGAUGAGAUUGGCAACCAUUACAUGGAGAUGCUAAAAAACUUAAGAAUGGAGAAAGAUAGAGAGAUCUGCAAACUAAGGACUCAGUUAAAUCAGUACCAAAAGGAUGUUUCAAGAAGAGAGGGAAGUUGUAGUGACUUCCAAUUCAAGCUUCAUGAACUGACAAGCUUGCUGGAAGAGAAGGAUUCCCUUAUAAAGCGUCAGUCAGAGGAACUCUCAAAGUUGAGACAAGAAAUAUAUUCAUCUCAUAACCAACCCUCCAGUGGUGGAAGGACUACUAUUACCACUAGAAAGUAUAGGACACAAUAUCCAAUCUUAGGCCUCCUAUAUGAUGACUAUGAAUAUAUACCACCAGGUAGUGACACACAGACUAUUGUGAUUGAGAAAACAGAAGACAAAUGGACUUGUCCAUGAAUGAAUCUCCAAUUCAAAGGAAUUUUUUUGGUCUUCAUUAGUACUUGGUUAUUUUUCCAUGACUAAAGCUAACCGAUAUUUUAAACCAUGCUGCUACCCAGCAAGUCCACUGGAAUUCAUUAGUUAUACAGAUGAUAGUUUCUCUAGCCAUGUAUAAGGCCUGAAUCCUUUCCAUCACAUUUUUGUAUUCAACAUAACAAUACACCACUUGUUUAAACUUCAAUUAUAGACACUAUAGGACUUAAUGCAAUAUUUUUCAAGAGGGUGUUUCCCAGACACUGAAUUAAUUUGUUGGGGUAAUGAUUUUACAAGUUAUCCAAUUAGAAGAUUUUCUGAUUUAGAUGUGCAAUUCAGCUACAAGAGUAAGCACUAUUUUUUAAUGACAAAAAUCAAGACUAUUGAAUUGAAAAAAAAUUGACUAG